AUUUGUAAAUCUCGUUGACUAAAUCCACGGAUGACACUUGUGAGUUGUUGUUUUGAGAUAAAAAACAACUUGUAAAUAUUAUCAUCAUUUAUCAACUUGUUGUGAUUAUAUUUUGAUAGUUUUUUUUUGCAUAGAUUUAUAAUUAUCACCUGUCAAUUUUAAAUUAAAUAAAAUUAAAAAAAUGAAUAUUAUUGCCAAGUCAUUGAAGGUGCUUCAACAAUCAUCCAAGUACGCAAAUACGUAUCAGUCAUUAUCCAGUAUGUCAACAAUGAAAUUUGAAACAAUAUCAAUAACAAAACCUAAAGAGUUUGUUUAUCAAGUUGAAUUGAAUAGGCCAAAAAAAUUGAAUGCUCUUAACAAUACAAUGUGGCUAGAAAUUGGAGCAUGUUUUAAAGAACUUGAAGAUUCAUCAGAUUGUCGUGUUGUUAUUUUGACAGGUGCUGGUAAAGCAUUUUCAGCUGGUAUUGAUCUUCAAGAUGCCAUGAGUCUUGGACAAAAUUUAGUUGAUGAAGAUGAUGUUGCAAGAAGAUGUAGAAUGAUUGAAAAAAAAAUUAAAAUAUAUCAAGAUGCAUUUUUAUCAAUUGAAAAGUGUAGAAAGCCAGUAAUAGCAGCAGUAAAUGGACUUUGUAUCGGUGGUGCAUUUAACAUGAUUUGUGCAGCAGAUAUUCGUUAUGCAUCAAAAGAUGCUUGGUUUUCAUUGAAAGAAGUUGACAUUGGAAUGGCUGCUGAUGUUGGUGCUUUACAGUGGUUACCAAAAAUCAUUGGAUCAGAAAGUCUCGUCAGGGAAUUGGCAUUUACUGCAAGAAAAAUGACACCAGAAGAAGCACUAUCAUGUGGUCUCAUCAGUAGAUUAUUCAAUGACAAUCAAACAUUGUUAACUGAAACAUUGUCAAUUGCUGAAGAAAUAUCACUUAAAAGUCCAGUUGCUGUUCAGGGAACUAAAAGAACUUUGAUUCAUGCCAGAGAUCAUUCUGUUGAAGAUGGUCUAGAGUAUAUUAGAAAUAUUAAUCAAACAAUGAUACAGAGUGAUGAUUUUGUUAAUGCUGCUGUUGCACAAGCAACCAAAGGUGAUGCUCCUGUUUUUUCUAAACUGUAAAAAAUUUAUAUCUUUUAAAAGAUAAAAAUGUAAUUUGUUAUUUAUUCACAUGUUUAUUUAUCCACUAAAUUAGAACUAUAUUAAAUUUUGAAAAAAUUUUUUUAUACAUAUUUUAAAUAAAUUAAUUUUUUCUUAUUAUUAAAA